GGGGGGGAAGGUGAAGAGUGUUUGAAGGUGUUGAGGAGAUCCAACAAGUGUCAUGCGGCUCUGAAGGCUACACAGCUCCAAAGUUGUGUUGAGGGUCCAGAGUUCACCACUUUUUGGAGCCAUGGACGGCGUGCUGGAUGGCGUGUCGAUGCUGUGCGUCUUCAAGCUAGUGUGCAGUCUCCUCUUCCUGCCCUCGCUGGCCACCUCCCGCAGUCCCAUCGGCUUCUGCGGCUGCUGCAUCCUCUUCUUCACCGACUUCAUGGUCACAGUCUUCGUGAGCUUCCUGAGCCUCUUCUCGUCCUGGCUGACGGAGAUGAGCCUCCCGCCCGACAUCAUCGCCCUGCGCUUCCUGCUCUUCCUCAGUCACACCUACGGCGCCGUCAUGCUGCUGACCACGCCCCUCCUCACCGUGGAGACCCUGGUCAGACUCCUGCGGCCCGCCCCCCCUCCUCCGAGCGAGGCCACCCCCGGGGAGGCCGGCGAGGACGGGGCCCGGGAGGCGGAGGGCUGGCGGUCCCGGGCCACCAGCUACGUGUGCUGCCUGGCGUUGUGGGUGGCGGUGGCGCUCAGCGUGCAGUGUCGCUGCCGGCUGGAGGAGGCCAAGCAGACGGCGUGCUUGCGGGCCGGCGGCUCCUUGCUGAGGUGUCUGCCCAACCUGCUCAGCCCCGUCCCCAGCGCCGUGCACCCCUGCUGGGGCGUGGCCUUCCUCUACCUGCUGCUGCUGCUCCUCCUCUCCUCCCGCCUGCACGGCCGCAACACCCCCGCCUCCGCCCUCACCGGGCCUCAACACCCCGACGACCACCUUCUGGCGCCGGCCUGCGAGGAGCCGCCUCUCCUGUUCAUCGUGGGGGAGUCGCCGCCGCCGCCGCAGCAGCACCCCCGCGCGGGCGUCCCCCACCCGGGGGUGAACGUGACCAUCGCCUCGGCGGCCGUGCUCGCCACCUUCGUGCUGCCGCUCUACCUGGGCGUCAACAUCCUGCUGCUCAGGAGCGUGGAGGCCCUGCUGGACGUGGGCGUGCGCUUGAUUCUCUUCCCCACGCCGCCCGCCCCCCGGGGUCACCACACGCUCGCAUGACGGGGGACGGGGGGGAUUAUUAUCAUCAUUAUUACGGGAUUAAUGACGCGUGUGGGAAAAGCUGCCGAGUAGGCAAGUUGCGGCACGACGAGCUCGUUAUUUCUCGCCGCUCCUCGUAGGGGGUGGGGACAUAAUCCUCUAAUGGGGCGUGGCCGUGAAAACUAUCAGGGAGGGGCGAAACAAUUCAAAAGGCACCGAUUGGUCGGUUUAAGGAAGAGGGCGGGGCCAAAGUGGCUGGACUCAGGUGUUUAAAAUGAGGCACAGAAGUUCCUAUGAAAGGUUUUUUUUUUUUUUUGAAGUCUUUAACAUCGGAGACUCUGAUUGGUUGGAUGACGCAGGAGGGCGGGGCCAAUGUGGUUCGACUCAGGUGUUUAAAAUAAGGCGGUGUCACGCCAAAUUUCUUCCCCCCUACAAAAACCUCCCCCCCUCCCCCAUUUACUUCCCGGGGUCAUGAUUAAUACAGACGUUUUGUUAACGCUAUAUUAUAAAAAUAUAACGCAAUAUUAUAAAAAUACAGACGUUUAGUUAACACUAUUAUAAAAAAUAGAAAAAAACAAUUUAAAAACACAAGCUAUGGGAUGACGCAAGAGGAAAGGUGAGGAAACGUGACCCCGGAAGUAAAUGCGUCAUCCCAUAGGUUGUGUUUGUAAAUGUUUUUUUUAAAUGUUUUUUAACUUUUUAUAAUACAGCGUUAACAAAACGUCUGUAUUUUUUUUAAUAAUAUAGCGUUAUAUUUUUUAUAAUACAGCGUUAACAAAACGUCUGUAUUAAUCAUGACCCCGGAAGUAAAUGGAGGGGGUGGGGGUUCUAGGGGGGAAGAAAUUUGGCGUUUUGGAAGGGUUUAACACCAGAGACUGAUUGGUUGGAUGGUGCAGGAGGGCGGGGCCAAUGUGGUUUGACUCAGGUGUUUAAAAAUGAGGCACAAAGGUUCCUAUGAAAGGUUUAUUUUUUUUUUUUAUUUUAUUUUGGAAAGGUUUAACACCGGAGACUCUGAUUGGUUGGAUGACGCAAGAGGGCGGGGCCAGAGUGGUUCGACUCAGGUGUUUAAAAUGAGGCACAGAAGUUACUAUGAAAGUUUUUCUUUUUAAAGUCUUUAACAACGGAGAUUCUGAUUUGUUGGAUGACGCAGGAGGGCGGGGCCAAUAUUGUUCGACUCAGGUGUUUAAAAAUGAGGCACAAAAGGUCCUAUGAAAGUUUUUUUUGUUUUUUUUAAGUCUUUAACAACGGAGACUCUGAUUGGUUGGAUGACUCAGGAGGGCGGGGCCAGAGUGGUUUGACUCAGGUGUUUAAAAUAAGGCACAAAAGUUCCGAUGAAAGUUUUUUUUUUUUGGAAGGGUUUAACACCAGAGACUCUGAUUGGUUGGAUGACACAGGAGGGCGGGGCCAAUGUGGCUCGACUCAGGUGUUUAAAAAUGAGGCACAAAAGUUCCUAUGAAAGGUUUAUUUAUUUUUUUUAUUUUUUUUUCGGAAGGGUUUAAGACCGGAGACUCCGAUUGGUUGGAUGGCACAGGAGGGCGGGGCCAAUAUUGUUCGACUCAAGUAUUUAAAAAUGAGGCACAAAAGUGCCUAUGAAAGGUUUAUUUAUUAUUAUUUUUUUCUGUAAGGGUUUAACAACGGAGAUUCUGGUUAGAGGAUGCAGGAGGGCGGGACCAAAGUGGUUCAACUCAGGUGUUUAAAAUGAGGCACAGAAGUUCCAAUGAAAGUUUAUUUUUUUUUAAGUCUUUAACAACGGAGACUCUGAUUGGUUGGAUGACGCAGGAGGGCGGGGCCAAUAUUGUUCCUCAGGUGUUUAAAAAUGAGGCACAGAAGUUCCUGUGAAAGUUUUUUUUUUUGGAAGGGUUUAACACCGGGGAUUCUGAUUGGUUGGAUGACGCAGGAGGGCGGGGCCAAUAUUGUUCGACUCAGGUGUUUAAAAAUGAGGCACUAAAGUUCCUAUGAAAGGGUUUUUUUUGGAAGUUUUUAACAACAGAGACUUUGAUUGGUUGGAUGACGCAGGAGGGCGGGGCAAUGUGGUUCAACUCAGGUGUUUAAAAUUGAGGCACUAAAGUUCCUAAAAAAGGUUUAUUUAAUUAUUUUAUUUUUUGGAAGAUUUAACAACGGAGACUCUGAUUGGUUAGAUGACGCAGGAGGGCGGGGCCAAAGUGGUUUGACUCAGGUGUUUAAAAUAAGGUGCAAAAGUUCCUGUGAAAGGUUUUUUUUUUAAUGGAAGGGUUUAAACCGGAGACUCUGAUUGGUUGGAUGACACAGGAGGGCAGGGCCAAAGUGGUUCAACACAUGACGUAACAUGAGGGAAAAGGUGUAAAAAAAAAAAAAAAUUUGUAUUAAAAUAAAGUGGUUUUUUUUGGGGGCAGGUAUGACCUUUUAUUUCCUGAAAUAUUUAAAGGGGAAAUGCACUUUUUGGGGGGGAAUUGUGUCCAUCAUUCACAAUACAUGUAAGACAAAAUGUUUACUUUUUGUGUGCAUUCUAGCUCACAAAUUAAUGCUAGCAAAAGUCAGCCAAUGGACCCAAUAACGUCCCUUUACAUACACACUAAGUACAAAAGUUUGGACACACCUCAUUUAAAGGCGUUUUCUUUAUUUUCAUGACUAUUGUAGAUUGUCACUGAAGGCAUCAACACAAUGAAUGAACACAUGUGGAGUUAUGUACUUAACAAAAAUAAGAAAAGGUAAAAUAACUGAAAACAUGUUUUGUAUUCUAGUUUCUUCAAAAAUAGCCACCUUUGGCUCUGAUUACUGUUUUGCUUCAAGAGGGAGUCACCUGAAAGGGUUUUCUCUUCAAAGGUGUCAUAGUUGUGAUGCCUUCAGUGACAAUCUACAAUGAAAAUAGUCAUGAAAAUAAAGAAAACACAUUGAAAUGAGAAGGUGUGUCCAAACUUUUGGCUUGUAGUGUAUGUAAUGUAACAGGCACUUUAUAUAAAUGUUUACAUAUAUGAAUUUGUUAAUUUUGAGCAUACAUCGCUGUAUUUAUUUGACAGAUUCAUCAUAACGUUUGUGCAGACUUCCUGGGAGACAAGAAAGACAGGUUUGGGACGAAUGAUCCAGAACCUUGUAUUUUUGAGCCUGAGUAUACAGAGGAUGAGCUACAAGUUUUAGAAGUUUUAUCAUAAACAGAUGCAGCUUUAAUGACACACUUAGCAUCAUGUAGCAGUAUUGCCAAGUACUCAACACUAUAAUCAUAAUAACAUUGGAUGGCCAACUGAUGGGAUGUCCAUAGCUUUUUCGUUUAGAUGAAGACUUAAUCCCAAUAAUCACAUUGAAAAAAGGCGGCACAAAUGUGUCUUUCUUGCCAUUUGUAGGUUUAAGUUGGAUGUUAAUGUUGACCAACUUCUUGGUUCAUGUCCACAUCCUCCCAUGUGAAAAACAUGACAUAAUAUAGAAAAAACUUUCACUAACUCAGAGGCAAUGCAGCAGCUCCCAUGAAUUGAUUAAAGUGGACCCCGACUUAAACAAGUUGAAAAACUUAUUCGGGUCUUACCAUUUAGUGGUCAAUUGUAUAGAAUAUGUACUGUACUGUGCAAUCUACUAAUAAAAGUUUCAAUUAAUAAUCAAUCAAUGGUUGACAUUCAAGUCAGGGCAUAUAAAUUAAGUAUUUUUUUCAAGGCUUAAUGGGCGCUAUUGAGUACUUACAGUAUAUUAGCCACCGAUUACUUGCCAUAUUUUGUGAUUGAUUGGCAAAAUGACCAAAAUCUUUAAGGCAGGAGUUUACUAUUUGGUUGCAUUUACAAAGUACGUAAUGUGCAGAAAAAAAAAGAAAAAAAAAAGGGGAAAAUAGUCCUAAACCUAAAAUAAUUAUGGAAAAUUAUCUAUUGUAUGAAUCACUGAUUUAUUUUUGCUAUUUAGAAAUAUUUUUUCAAUAUUAUGUUUGCCACUCAUUGCUCUGCUGGUUUUCAUUUUCCUUUUACCCGGCAACAACUAUAUUACACGUCUUAGAGCAGUCAUAUUCCACUAAACUGUUUUGGGGCCCACGUUUCCGGAAAGUUUUCCGACACUAUUAUUUUGUAACCGACAUCCUCUACAGUAGACGUUUGACUUUGUAUUAGUUUGUAUCAGAGUUACAGGAGCAUUCUGCGUUUUUUAAAGACCUCCUGCAAAAAAAUUAAAAAAAUCCCAUCUC